AUGGAGCACAAAGAUGAUGACGACGACGAUGUGUCUUUUGCCAAAUGGAUGAGCAGCUUCUGGGGGCACAGCUGGAGAGAGGAGGAUGAGAGGGGACUCCGGGAACGCCACCACCGACCACAAGCCACCAUUCACAGGAAAACCUCUCUGCCCUGCCCAUUGAAUAUGCUUUCCAGAAUUACAUCAUCUGACCACCAUCCUAGAAGGCAUUCUCAUGAGGACCAGGAAUUCCAAUGCUGUACCCACAUGCGGGAUUACAGAAAAUACUCAGGAGAUGGGUCAUUCAAGGAGCCACUGGCAUCAAAAGGAAGAUCCCAUUCCAGAGUUCAGGAAUUUUCAGAUUCCUUUGAACAGCAACUGUGCUUUAGAACCAAACGUUCUGCAUCUUUGGGACCUGAGAGCAGGAAGGAGAGAAAUGAAAGAGAACGCCUGCGGAUGGAGAUAAGAUCCCAAAAGAAAGUAGAGGAAGGAAGGAGCUCUAGGAAAGAAGAACCCAGAGAAGCAUGCAUGGCUCCCCUGUUUGAAAAGGGGCCUGAAUAA